UCAUAGUGAACAUUUUUGAAGUUAACCGAUAGUAAACGUACUAGUUAAUGAUUAUGUACUUUUUGCCAGUACUGUAACAUUGUGUAUUUACUAUUUUUGAUAAAUAUUUUAUAAUUAAAAUUGAUAUUUUAACAAUUAAUCCUGAAGGAAGUAAAGUAUAGAAGCAAAUUAUGUAUUUAAUUACAACAAAAUGCUUAUUAUUUGUUAUAUUGACAGCGAAUGCGAUAAAAUCAGUGAACUCUAUAAAUUGUUAUCAAUGCUCUGGAACUGACUCAAAUGAACCUUUUGAGUGUAAUGAGUAUUUAGACACCGACACUGCUUUAAGUCCAAUAGAUUGCAACAGUAUUCAUGAUGCUCAAUAUUGCAUCAAACAUGUUGGAAGAUUUGAAGGUGGGAUUAGUACAAAGAGAUAUUGUUCUUCUUUAGAUCUAGGAAACUAUUGCAAUUACGUUCAACAGCCUGGGGAUAAACUAGAAUACAGGACAUGCAUACAUACGUGCAAUACAGACGGAUGUAAUGGCACUUCUGGCAUUCGAAAUUCUGCAAUAUUUUCGUUAAUAGUUUUAAGUAUAUCCAUUUGUAUUAUGAAAGUUUAGUAUGUAAGAGUUUUUAUUUUUUAAAUUGUGUGUUAGGAUUAUUCUACCUCAUGCAAUUAUGACUUUUUAUAUUAGAAUCUCAAUGUAAUAUGACAUUCCAUUUUAUAAAUUACAUCACAUAAUAUUUACAUUUUUUUUUAAUAAAAAUAUUUAAAGAC